AUGGUCUUCUUCAGGUUCAUCACCACCAAGGAAGCGCUCCGGCAGAUCCGCGAGGAGGAGAAGGCAGAGAUCACAGGAGCAGACCAGGAGAGUCUGCGGGGCCCCCUCGACCCUCUGCUGAGGGCGCUGGUGGGGUUUCAGUCCAGCAGGGACCUCUCCUCGCGCCUCUCUCUCCUCUUCGAGCGCCUCGACGUCGACGAGCACGGGGCGCUGAAGUUCGAGGAGGUGCGGGAGGGGCUGAAGAAGCUAGAGCUGCAUCCUCCCAUUCUCCUCUCGGUCGAGGACUGGGAGCACCUGACGGAGAACGGGCUGCUGCUCAACGGGAGGGAGGAGAUGACGUUCGAGGGGUUCGAGCGGAUGGUGCGUCUGGGCAUGCACAACUUCAUGAGGAGGAUGCUGGUUCAGAGCAUGGAGAGCUGCGAGGACAGUCGGAGCUACGACCUCCUGCUGUCCCUGAAGAUGCUGCUGGAGCCUCCUCUCUCGCAGGAGGAGAGAGCGCAGCUCGAGUCUCUCCGGAAGCCUCGCUCCAUCGUCUCCUCCCUCCUCCCCCUCCAGAAGAAGUUCUUUCAGCUGUGGAAGGAGGCGGCGAGCAGCAGCAGCAGCGCUCCUCCUCCUGUCCCCGCCUCGUCCUUCGACCUCCUGCUGGAGCGAGUCGAGCAGCUG